CCUUUACCUCACAACAACCCAAACCCCUCUCGUACCAACUUCUCUCUCUCCCACACACAUCAUCAUACACAAAGAGUAUCCAUGGCAACUGAGCCAGAAAUUUCCCAAGCUUUCCAUCACAGCAGCGAUGACGACGAAGAAGAAGAUGAAGUAGUAGAAGAUGGAGAGGAAGAGAAUUCCCAAGAGUGCAAAACCAUGUCCGGCAGGUGCGGUCCUCGGCUCGGAACAAGAUGGUCUCUUGGUAGAGUUUUGGACCCGAGAGCCACCUGGAUCCGAGAAUGGAAUCGGGUGUUCCUCCUCGUAUGCGCCACGGGGCUCUUCGUGGACCCUCUCUUCUUCUACGCCCUCUCAAUAAGCGACACGUGCAUGUGCCUCUUUGUUGACGGCUGGUUUGCCGUCACUGUCACCGUUCUCCGGUGCAUGACGGACGCCUUGCACGUGUGGAACAUGUGGCUGCAGCUCAAGAUGACCAAGCGGUCCUACGAGGUGGGCAGUGGUGGUGGAGAAGGAAGCCGAGUACACAAUGGGAGCGCUCGGACGGUGGCUCUUAGAUAUUUGAAGGCAAAAAAGGGUUUCAUUUUUGAUCUCUUUGUCAUCCUCCCUAUUCCGCAGGUAGUACUAUGGGUAGCUAUUCCGGCCUUGUUGGAAAGGGGAUCAACAACUGUUGUGAUGACGAUAUUCUUAAUCAUGUUUCUCUUCCAAUAUCUCCCCAAAAUUUACCACUCGGUUUGCCUCUUGCGUCGCAUGCAAAACUUGUCUGGUUACAUAUUCGGCACUGUUUGGUGGGGGAUCGCCCUCAACAUGAUUGCAUAUUUUGUCGCAUCGCAUGCAGUGGGAGCAUGUUGGUACUUGUUAGGAAUCCAGAGGGCAGCAAAGUGUUUGAGAGAGCAAUGUAGAGAAACAAAGGGGUGUGGACUGAGAAUAUUGGCUUGUGAAGAGCCCAUUUAUUAUGGAACAACAAGCUUGGUGAGAGAUAGAGCAAGACUGGUUUGGGGGGAUAACAAGCAAGCCAGAAUUGCAUGCCUAGACAAUGAUGAUAAUUUUGAUUUUGGAGCUUAUAAAUGGACUGUUCAACUUGUUGCCAAUGAAAGCCGUUUGGAGAAGAUUCUCUUUCCUAUCUUUUGGGGCCUCAUGACUCUAAGUACUUUUGGCAACUUGGAGAGCACAACGGAUUGGUUAGAAGUUGUCUUCAUUAUUAUAGUUCUCACGACUGGGCUCCUUUUGGUCACCAUGUUGAUUGGAAACAUCAAGGUGUUUUUGCAUGCAACAACAUCAAAGAAACAGGCAAUGCAAUUGAAGAUGAGGAAUAUAGAGUGGUGGAUGAGGAGGAGACGCUUGCCUCCUCUUUUCAAGCAGAGAGUCCGUAAUUACGAAAGGCAGCGUUGGGCUGCAAUGCGCGGUGUGGAUGAAUGCGAGAUGAUCCGCAACCUCCCUGAAGGCCUGAGGAGGGACAUCAAAUACCAUCUCUGCUUAGACUUGGUUAGACAGGUAACACAAAAAAAAAAAAAAAAAAAAAAAAAAAAAGAAAAAGAUCAAACCCUAUGA